AUGUCGACGUAUUCGCUCUUUCAUCGACCGUCAUUUGGGACAAAGUUGCAGAAAGUCGAGAACCUCACACAUGUAAAGGCAUUGUUCGCGGCCAUGUUCUCCUUUUCUGCACGUUUUCAGUCCGUGCCAAUCAACAAUGACUCCUUAAACUCCCUGCAGCCUCGCGUUUUCGAUCACACUCGGUUCCGUGAGAAUGCACUAGAUCUUAUACAACGCAGCCUGGGAAAUCCUGACGAAGAGCCUUCGUUAUGUCUACUUCAGGCGAUGGCUCUGAGUAGUUUUUAUGAAUUAACAAAAGGCGUCCAGGGUCGCGCAUGGCGGCUUUUGGGAUCUUGCGUUCGUGUUGCAUAUGAGUUGCAUUUACAUUUAGUGGAUUACGAAUCUCGAUCAACCCCAAUCCCAGACGGGUCACGGUCCUCCUCAUGGUCGGCGGCGGAGGAGAAGCGGCGCUGUUGGUGGGCUAUCUGGGACAUGGAUAUCUUUGCCAGUACGAUUCGGAGAUGUCCCACUGCUAUAGACUCUAGCAUGAUCGAUACUCAGCUGCCUGUUUCUGAUGAAUUCUGGUUCAAUAAUGAGUUCCAUGCCAGCUGCUUCUUGGAUACUGACCCCGGUGAACGAGUGCGGGCGCUCGUGAACUGCAAAAAUGAGUGUGCUUUCGCCUGGCUCAUAGUCAUCAACUCCAUCAUGCGCAAUGCGCAGGUUCUUUUACGAGGCAAUUUGCAGGGGAUCCUUCUUGAUGUGUGCCCGCUUGACAACCUGGACCAACUGCUACAUUAUUUCCGGAGCUCGUUCUCUAAGGCGAAAGGGGAAGAGGCUACAACGAAGCUCAUUGCACUUGAGCAAGCGCUGGUCGAAGUGUCCAAGGCCAUACCGGAGUCCCUUGCGUAUCGGCAAGAGGCACUUGACUUCACCAACACAGAAAAUCCCCGGCUCACUCAUCGUGAGGCCCGCAAGCUGCACAGCGCUGUAUUCAAUAUUCUUUUGUCUACCCAGCUCGCCAGAUUUAUGAUUUAUCACUCCUAUGCAUUUGGAGAGAUCGUAUCUGGCACUUUAUUUGCAGGUAAUCAAGGAACCACAAGCGGUUGCAUGCCUUCCGCAAUUGCUGCCCCAAUUAUACCGGCGAAUGCCCAAGGCUGGAGAAAUUGCCUGGAGGCCGCUGACAAUAUCCUAGCUAUUGUCACACGCUGCCCCGAGAGCCAUGUCAAAUAUGUAAACCCUUUCCUGGCGAGUACGGUAUGGCUAGCUGCAGCAUUACAGAUUGUUCGAAAGGUAUAUGGAAAUAAUAUCGAUGCGGAACUGAUACAGUCAAAAGUGGAUUGCUUGCGUGCGACGUGUGAGAAGUAUGCUGCAUUUUGGCAGACACCAAGAAGAAUGCUCGAAAACCUGGAUACGCUGGAGCACCGACUGUUGCAACUUGGCCACGGCGCCAUGACUGCGGAAGGCUUCUCCGUCGGAAAGGGUUCCGUGUCCAUGUUGAGCGGGCUAAUAAGGACCGACACGGCAACUCCCGUAAGACAUGGUCCCUCGUUCCCAGACACCUCCAAUCACUUAAGUAUGCCUACGCUAGGGGAGGAGUGCUCGUAUCAAAGCCAAGUUGGGGCUAUCAGCCCUGCGGCAGAAGACGGCGCUUACUGGAACCUUUCCCCUGCUGCUGGACAUAUACACAACGCAGCAAUGCAGACGGAUCCUACCUGGUUAUAUGAUCUAAUGGAUCUAUCUCCAAGUAAAAUAUUUUCCUGA